AUGUCCGCGGAGAUGCAGGGAGAUUUCGAAGUUCUGCGUUUUAUCGGAAGGGGUUGCUACUCUAUGGUGUUUGAGGCCAGACAUACUGUGGGGCAUGAUAGGAAUGAAUCCUAUGCACUGAAACGGUUCUUCCUUCAGAACUCAUCUGCCGUCAACUGUGCUCUCCGCGAAAGACGCCUCCUCGAAAAACUCGCCGUGCAACCCAUCCAGUCACCAUUCCUGCCAACUUUGUUCUACAGUUUUAUGGUUAACAACGGCCCUGCGUUCUUGCUCCGAGAGGGCACCGGAUGUGAUUUAUUCGACUUGCUGCACUCAAACGGCCUUCUGUCGGAGACUCAGGGUCGAUUCUACGCAGCCGAAAUAAUCAGUGGCCUCGAACACCUCCAUUCUCUUGGCAUCGUCCACUUAGAUCUCAAACCCGAAAAUGUGCUCAUGUGUCCUGCUGGUCAUGUUUUCAUCUCCGAUUUUGAUCGUUCCUAUGACCUUACACAGAGCAAUAAACGGCCCACAGACGACGAUUUUACCGGAACUCCCCUCUUUAUGGCCCCAGAGAUAGCCAAAGGAGAGGUUAUCACUACUAAAGCGGACGUCUGGAGUUUGGGUGUAUUAAUGGCAGAAAUGGUCGCCGGUCCCAUCCGCCCUGUCGCCAAGGAUGUCGCUGAGGAUCUUCGGUGGGCCAAAGAAGGACGCUAUACUAUCCGACGUCUAAAGAGUUUCACGAAGCCUCUACAAGCUUUCUUCAGCACCUGUCUUCAGCGGAAGCAUCAACAACGUCCGGACUUGACUGUGGUUCGUCAGCUC